GUGGAACAAGUAAAUAGUACGUGUAUUUAAUUUUCAUUGAAUUAGUACCGGUAUUAUAUCAAUUUUUGUUUCACAUUCUAUUUUUCUUGUUAUUCUAUUUUUCUUGUUAGAUCAAAACUUUCCAUCGUCAACACAAAACUAUUGGACAAGUAAAACAAGACAAUGCAAUGACAAGGCAGGAAUGCAAGCACCUCAUUUGCAAGUCCAUCCUUUUUUUAUAUCCUAAUUUAGUAAUUUUGACUUAAUCACACAAGUAUGAUGAUUAAUAUCCUAAUUAUUGACCGGCCGGUCGAGUUAGCAAGCAACAUAUAUUUAACCCUUUUCAUUUGAAGUGUAGGAUACCAAAUCCGACAACUAAUCCUGUAAUUAAGUGUAAACCUAAUUGUUGACCCAAGAGAGGGAAACUCAAGGCUAGAUUUCCAUGCACAUUAAGCUCAGUAGCUCUCUAAUUGAAUAACCUAAUCCUUUGUCUCCUACGAAAACAGAGCACCUAACCGUUUGUCAUUUCUCUUUGGACAGACCAAAAUUCAAACUUUGGGGUGGAAAGUUUUGACACCCACAGAGUUGACGUCGAGAAGGUUUACCAAUGAAAAGUAGAAAAAUAAAAGGGGCCAGGAAACCAUAGCCAGUUGGUCGUUGUUUGGUGAGGACGCAAUAGGCAAUGGAUUUCCAACUUCUCAUUUCCACAUUUCAACGCAAUAGCGCGUCAAUAGAACACCGUGGACUCCCGUCCUAUUUUUCUAAUGUUGUCAGAACCAAACCGGAGCAUGACCCGGUAAUGUGAACGGCUCGUACUUUAGCGGUCCAAUCGGCUUUAGACCGUUGAAAAACGUUAGAGAACCGGUAUCUAAUAAACGUUAUCAGUAUAAAUAGUGGACAUUUCUUAAUCAGAGCUCAUAUCUUUCUUUCGAAAUUGUGAAAUGGAAAUAAGGAUUCAAUUUGAGAGCCCGACGUUUUUGGUUUAUUUCAAUUUUCAAUUUUCUACAAUUUUUUUAAUUAAAUUUAGUGGCUGAAUGGCAAAAACCGGAUGAGCGGCUCGAUCGGCUCGAACGGUUAACCGCCUCGGCCGCUCGCCAACCGCUACAUAAAAUCGGAGCGGCUUUUAGACUGUUCCGAGCAGGUUUUGUGACCGGGUGGCGGUUUUACCGGUCGGGCCGAGCGGCUCGGCUCGUCUUUAAUAACACUGUAUUUUUCUUCCCUCGUAGUUUUGAAUUUUGAUAACUUAUCUAAAGUGUUGGGAUUUGAUAAACGGGUGGAUUUCGACAAGACCAGAAUAAAAGAAAGUAGUGCAAAAUUACAAAAUUUUAAACUUAUAUUGUUUAUUAUUCGUGUUUUAUUUAUCUUUAUUAUGCAUGCACUAAGUUAUGCAUCAUUUAUGUUCAAUUUAUUUUACUUCAUAUGUUGAUGCACAGAUUUAUAAUUUAUUAGUGAUGUAUGGUUAGAUUAGGAUUUCAAUAUGUCACAGAUCCCUAAUAAAACCGGGCCUCAAAAUCUGCCUACAAGGAGCCCACCACUCUUCGGGCUCCGUCCUCUCCUCAUUCUUCAUUUCUAUUCGGCCCAACUAACUUGUAAGUUACCCGAGCAGCCCGGCUCGAGGCCACUGGCCAGCCCAAUUCCAGCCAUUCUAACUUCUCACAGGACCGGCCCGGCCCGGCCAAUUUAAUUAAAAGGACAGAGGGUAGGUAGAUGGAUAAAUAUUGAAGUGUCGUCCUGAAGAUAAACCAGGAAAAGAAAAGAGGAAAAGUCUGGAAGAAGAAGAUGAGGCAUUUCGUGCUCGUCCACGGCGCGUGCCACGGCGCGUGGUGCUGGUACAAGGUGAUCGCCGAGCUCAAGCAAGCCGGCCACAAGGUCACCGCCCUCGACCUGACGGCCUGUGGGAUCGACCGGCGGCAGGUGGAAGAUGUGCAUGGUUCCGUCGUCGAAUACUCCGAGCCGCUGCUCACCUUCAUGGCCUCUCUGCCGGCGGCCGGUAGUGACGAUGAGAAGGUGAUUCUGGUGGGGCAUAGCAUGGCCGGUUUCAGCUUGUGCAUGGCCAUGGAGAGGUUCCCGGAGAAAAUCUCUGUUGCCGCCUUUCUUGCUGCCGGAAUGCUGGGGCCUGAUUUGACAUUGCAAAUGGUAGAUAAGAAGUUUGUUGAAAUGUCGCCGACGGCGGACACAAUGGAUUCCCAAGUGAUAUAUGGGGAUGGCCCAGAUAAACCUCCGACAGGCUUUUUGGUCGGCCCCAAGCACAUGGAGACGCAUCUCUACCGCUGUUCUCCCCGCCAGGAUCUGGAGCUGGGAAUAACGUUGGUGAGGCCAUGUCCGAUCUGGGACGAAGAAGAAGCUGCGAGAGACACGGUGCUGACCAACGACAAGUACGGAACCGUUGCCAGGGUGUACGUCGUGUGCGACGAGGAAAAAGACGGCGCUUUCCAGUGGUGGCUGAUUGAGAACAACCCUCCGGACGAACACGUCGUCAUUCCUGGUUCCGAUCACAUGGUCAUGUUUUCCCAACCACGUCUCCUGUCUGAAUAUCUCCUCCAACUUGCCGCCAAGUACAUUUGAUCACAAACAUAUGAUCACCAUGUUGUUCAGGAUCCAAUCUUGAAGGAAACUUUGAUAUUUGAAGCGGAUCCAAUUCAUUCAUGGUAUUGAUUAUGAUGUGAACUUAAUUUCUUCCCUAGCGGUGUCACAACAUGUAGAAAAGUAUCAAGUUAGGCAAAGGUGGAUCGAUCGGAAACCCUCAGCUCUCACAGUUGGGUCACUCUUUGUUUAUACGUACCAGUUCCGAGCUUACGGUUUAUCGUGACACUUGACAAACAAAACUAACUGCACUAAUACAAACACACAAAUAACUGAAAAGGGUGCGUUUCGGGGGAAGGCUCGAAACACUUCCCAUAAAGCGAAUCGUCUUCAAGCUCGAGGCGUGUUUCGUACUUUUUUCUGGUGAAACCUCUCUCUCUGUCUCUCUGCAGCUUUAAAGUUUCAGACUCUGCACUUCCUGCCCUGUUGCAUUGAUCUGGUUAAGAACUUUGACACAACAUGAUCUAGUCCUGUUAGCUAGACGCCAUAUAUAACAUGCAUGAUCAUGUGGUGUAACAAAAUGUGAAUUGAAAG